GAUUACUGGUGUGAGCCACCGCGCCCGGCCCAAGUGGAAGUUGGCUGUUUUGGAGAUGCCGGGGAAUGAACAGCACUUCUUAUGUGCCAGGCACAACUGUAAAUGAUUUGCCUAUCAGUUAACUCAUUUAAUGAAUGAAACCUGGACAGCCUUUUGAGGUCGGUACCACCAUCAUACCCAUUUAACAGACAAGGAAACGGGGGCGAAGAAACUUGCAGCUAGGUUUCUGGACCUAGCAGUCCAUACACAUUAGGCCUUCUGAGUGAUGGGCCCGACUUUUCCCACGCUCACUCUUCCCACUGCAGCGCAGCCACAGAAUCCAGACAGCUCUGGCGCACGUGGAAGGAGCAGUGGUCCUUUCAUUACCUGGAAGAACACCCAGAGUGGCAAAUGCCGGAUAACCAUGAAAAAUACCCGGGAUCGUAACCAUUCUGUGGCCUGAGCUGGCCGGACGUCAUGCCCCAAAGGAGCUACCAGUGUGUGGAGCUGGGACGCCAGCCAUGCUCCAGACCGCUUGGCGCCAGGAACCAGUGACCUUUGAGGAUGUGGCUGUGUACUUCACCCAGAAUGAAUGGACCAGCCUGGACCCUGUGCAGAGGGCCCUGUACAGGGAGGUGAUGCUGGAGAAUUAUGCAAAUGUGGCUUCCCUGGCAUUUCCAUUCACCACGCCUGUUCUGGUCUCCCAGCUGGAGCAAGGGGAGCGGCCAUGGGGCCUCGAUCCCUGGGAACCUGUGGGCAGGGAGGCUCUCAGAGGUGUCUGUCCAGGGGAUAAGAUGAGAACUGAGAAGGGAGGAUUAACUCCAAAGGAGCACAUGUCCAGAGAAACAGACUCCUUCAGACCGAUGGUGGAGGGGCUGCCAGGGACUGUUUCCCAGCACUUUAACUUUGGGAGCAGCCCAGAGCAGCCCCAAGGUCACUGGAUAAUUAAGACAACGUCAAAGAGGAGACAUUUCACAGAUACCUCAGCCAGGCACCAUGAGGCCUGUGUGGUCAAGAAUGGAGAGAAGUCUGAGAAAGUAGGAAAAAAUAUCAGCAUCAGCACACAACUCACUGCGAAUAAGACAGUUCCUAGUGGUCAGAUAGCUUAUGAAUGUGGGAAAUGUGGCAGAUAUUUCAUUCGAAUGGCAGACUUCCACCAACAUCAGAAAUGUCACACUGGUGAAAGGUCUUUUGAAUGCAAAGAUUGUGGAAAAGACUUCAGAUAUAAUUCAUUACUUAUUCGGCAUCAGAUAAUUCACACUGGCAAGAAACCAUUUAAAUGUAAAGAAUGUGGAAAAGGUUUAAGUUCAGACACAGCCUUGAUUCAGCACCAGAGAAUCCACACUGGAGAAAAGCCCUAUGAAUGUAAGGAGUGCGGCCGGGCCUUCAGUAGCAGCUCGGUCUUCCUCCAGCACCAGAGGUUCCACACUGGGGAGAAGCUCUAUGAAUGUCAUGAAUGUUGGAAAACUUUCAGUUGCAGCUCGAGUUUCACUGUCCAUCAGCGAAUGCACACUGGGGAGAAACCAUUUGAAUGUAAAGAGUGUGGAAAACGAUUAAGCUCAAACACAGCCUUGACUCAGCAUCAGCGAAUUCACACUGGGGAGAAGCCCUUUGAAUGUAAGGAGUGUGGGAAGGCAUUCAAUCAGAAAAUAACCCUGGUUCAGCACCAGCGAGUUCACACUGGUGAGAAACCUUAUGAGUGUAAAGUGUGUGGUAAAAACUUCAGCUGGUGUGGAAGAUUCAUUCUGCAUCAGAAACUACACACUCAGAAGACACCUAUUCAAGCAUAGGGCUAUUCAUCGUUAGGCACACUGUGUCUCUCCUUUUUUCUCUUUAUUUUCUUUAUAUUUUUUUGAGACAGAGUCUUGCUCUUUUGGCAGGCUGGAGUGCUGUGGUGCAUUCUUGGCUCACUGCAACCUCCGUCUCCCAGGUUCAAGUGAUUCCCCUUCCUCACUCUCCUGAGUAAGCUGGGACUACAGGCUUGCACCACCAUGCCUGGCUAAUUUUUUGUAUUUUAGUAGAGAUGAGGUUUCACCAUGUUGGCCAGGAUGUUCUUGAUCUCCUGACCUUGUGAUCUGCCUACCUUGGCCUCCCAAAGUGCUGGGAUUACAGGUAUGAGCCACUGCGCCCGGCUGUUUUCUCUUUAUUUUCAUGCUCUUUAUCAGUGUCCCUACUGCCCUUCCUGGGUGGACACUUGGCUUCCAUCAUGAAAUCUUCCUCAAGUUUUUUGAACCUGUUUCCCCAACAUGAAGUCUCUUUAUGAUUAAAGAAGACCAAAAAAACAAAAAACAAAAAAACCCCAAACUUAGAAACAUAAAAGGAAAUGCAAGUUUCCAGAUUUAAAAGAUAUGCUGGGUGGCCAGCAAGAUGGAUUCAGGGGAAACUUACAUUAAGGAAAGUUGCUGUGAAUUAUGAAAACACCAAGUUUGAAGAAGAGGAUCAUGGAGAAAAAAAAAUGAGACCCUAAAGAGUUUCUAGAGAAGGAAAACAAAAGAUCAGAAAUGAAAAUGUCAUCAGAUUUCUCAACAGCAACCUUGAAAGUCAGGUGACAGACAAUGUGUAUACCUUCAGACUUCUGAUGGAAAAUAUUUUCCCCUGAAAUUCUAUACUCUGAAGUAUAAGUAUAGAAUAAAGGCCUUUGAGACCCUUUAGAUCUGAAACCUUUAUCUCUCAUGCAUCCUUUCUCAUAUGUGCAACACUACACAAGGAGUAAACCAGUCAAUAAAAAGAGAUAUGUGGAUACCCUAUUACAGUCCAUAUAUCAGAAGUCUCCUAAAUUCAAAAACAGAGGGGUCUGUCCAUGUGGAGCCAUAUGCAUCAUGGAAGACAUUCCUAGUAGUGUGCAGAGUUCCAGAGACCUACCUCAGGUGCAGCGUCCACCCACCCAACUUACUCUUCAGUUUGUCUUCACUAGUCAGUUGUCGUCUGUGCCUUUGCAGAAGUUAGGUUGUAUGUACUCUUUGAGUCAGGCGUAAGGCACCGUUUGUCUUAAAUUUACUCUUCUCAUUGCUCUUUCAAGUGACCUCAAAGCAGGAAGCAUUUUCUUACAACUUCAUCUAGUUAUUUUUUAUGAUCAUGGAAGAACCUAUCAUUAUUGCUGUUAUCGUGGAAAUGAGAGAAUAUGUAAAUGUAUUUGGUUUUGGCCUCCCCUCCAGCUGCCAGCUAACUGUGCACUAGCUUCCUUAUCUGUAAAAUAGGAUGACAGUUAAUCUACCUCAUAGGUUUGUGUUGGGGAUUAAAUGCUUUAAUACGUGUAGAAGUGCUUCAAACAGUAGCUAUAUAUAAUAAAACUUUUACCUAUUAUUGGCUGGGCGUGGUGGCUCACGCCUGUAAUUCCAGCACUUUGGGAGGCUGAGGCAGGUGGAUCACGAGGUCAGGAGAUCAAGACUAUCCUGGCUAAUAUGGUGAAACCCUGUCUAUACUAAAAAUACAAAAAGUUAGCUGGGUGUGGUGGUGCGCACCUGUAGUCCCAUACUUGGGAGGCUGAGGCUGGAGAAUCACUUGAACCCAGGAGGCGGAGGUUGCAGUGAGCUGAGAUGGCACCAGUGCACUCUAGCCUGGGUGACAAAGCGAGACUCCAUCUCAAAAGAAGAGAGAACAAAGUAUUACCUAUUAUAAUCCUAUUGAUAAGUUUUGGCUUAUCAAUAUACUGGUGAAACAGUUACCACAGUCAAGAUAAUAAACAGCCACCACCCCAAAACUUUGCUUGUGCCCCUCCAUAAUUCCUUCCUCUUGGCCCUUCUCAGGCAACCACUGGCUGCUUUCUGUCACAUGGAUUAAUUUCCAUUUAUUUUUUGGUCUGGUGUCUUUCACUCAGCAUAAUUACUUUGAUAUUCACACAUGUUGUUGCAUAUAUAUAGUUCAUUCCUUUUUAUUGCUGAGAAGUAUUCCACUGUAUGGAUAUGCCAUAAUUUGUUUAUUCAUUGACCUGUUGAGGGCCAUUUGGGUUGUUUCUAGUUUUGGGCUAUUACAGAUAAAGCUGCUAUGAACAUU